AUUACAAAGUUAAAAUUAAAAACUUAUAAACGAUAUUAAUGUAAUUGGGAUUUAUUUUUCAGUGUUAUUUCAAUGAACUUAUCUUUAAAUAAUCUAUUCAUAUUGUAAAAGUGCUAAGAUUAACAAUAGAACUAUUACAAAUAUGGCAAAGGAGAAAUUUCAAAAGUAUAUAAUAUCUUUAGACGCUGUUGAUGUCAGUCUUUUGCCUAUCAGUUAUUAUUCUAAAUUUGACAAUGUGGCACCGAUUUGGACGAGAAAUAAUCUUGACAUGAGAAACGAUGACUACUAUGAGUUUGAAAUUAAAAAUGUCGAUACAAAACUUGAUGAUGAUCCAGAGGAUGAAAUAAUUAAAAUACCUUGCCAUAUAUGUAAUAUCGAAGUGCCUGUACCGUUUUUGAAACAACACAUUGAUAGUAACAAACACACGGUUAACAUGAAAAUAGCAGACAUGGCUGUGGAGAGAUUGAAAAAAUCAAUGCGUCAUCACAGUGUAUCCAACGAAGAAACGCAUCCUACGCUUCACUUCUGUCCAGCUUGCGUAACCGUUAUCAAAUUAAAAGAUAAAACAAAUCAUGAAAAAUCAAUCGCGCAUAAAAACUCAUUAGUAGUUAAUAAAUUUUUAAAUGAUUUCUAUCUUUUGUACACGAAUGAUACGAAUUAUGACGACGAUGACAAUUUAGAUGAGAAUAUUUACGAUAUAAAUGAAUCUAAUGAUCGAUAUGUUCAAAGAACGAACGUCGUAAAAGGUAAUGUCGAUCGCAGUAUUGAUUCAGUUAGUUUUAAAAGCGCAACAUAUUCUGGUUCGAUGUUUAAAGAAAGUGAUCAUGAUACAUCUGAUAAAAACAAGAAGAAUAAUGAUAUUAAAACAAUAAAUGAAACCAAAAAGGAAAAUAACACUUCUGUAAAUGUUUUUGAAAGUGUCGAAGAUGAAGCAACAGUGGGAGAUGCUUCUAAAGAAACUUCUAGUCCUAUAAAAAAAGAGAAUAUUAAAAAGAAAAAGGCUAAAGCGAAUAGUAAGGCGGGAAUCACUCAAGAUCUCGUUGUCGAAGCUGAGAAGAUUCUAAAUCACCGCCAAAGUUCUAUUUCGUCGUCUUCUAUUGAAGAUAAGGUCACCGGAGAAGCUUCUAAAAUUGAUUCUGAAUUUAUAAAAGUAGAGAAAAACAAAUCGAAAAAAGCAAAAAAAAGCAAUAACCAAGAUAUAGUACAAGAAUAUAUUAAAGGUAUCGAUUACGUAUCUGUUUUCGCUGAUGAAAUUACCAAAACGAAAAAAUCUAAAACGAAAAUUAACCAAGAAGUUGGACAAAUUUCAAAAGAACAAAAACACAACGGAAGAAGUGUCGAGUCGUUGUCUUUUUUAGGAGAUUAUAUAACAGUACAAGACACUCCUAGAAACGCCCCUGAAGUUAACAAAACAGAAAAUAACAAAACGAAAAAAUCGAAAAACAAGCAAGAAAUAUUAGAAAUUUCAAAACAGGCAAAAGAUAAAACUAGACCAACCGAUUCAUUGUUUAUCGUCGAUAAUCUCACAAAAGAAGCCACUGCGAAGGUUCUGGAAAUUUCCGAAACGGGAAAAAAGCAGACAGAUGCCCAAAUAAGAAAUAAAACGACAGGAAAAAAUGAAACAAAACGCACAGAUAAAGAACACGUAUCAUGUCAAAUAUGCAAUCAAGACGAGAACAGAGAUCACUCCGUCUGUAUUUACUUGUGGAAUAAAUUAUGCGAAAGACUCGAUACAGACGAUAGAAUUACUGACGAAUUCAAUGACCUACACUAUCAUUUGGUGAUGAAAUGCAAUUCCCCGUUCUGUAUGGUCUGCAAAGUUAAUUUCUACGGUGAUGUUGAUGUCAUAACUCACUUAUUGAGCAAGGAACACAUUAGUAGGUACAACAUGUUGAUAAGCGAACAUUAUUUGACAUUAGACAACGAUUUGACAACAUGUAGGGUUUGUGAUGUUAAAUUUAAGAAGGAAUUUGAAUUGCUGCACUGCGAAGACAUCAAACAUAUAACUAAACAGGAGAAAUAUAAAAGGAUAUUGAGUAAAACGAACGCGUAAAACAUUUUUAUGAAUCGAUUCAACUGAUU